UAAUUUUCUUUUUAGUAAUUUUGCAUGCAAUAAAUGGCAUCAAUUAAGUUGAGGGAAAUGAAAUAUGUGUGGAGGUAUUUUUUAAAUUACCUAAAAUCACUCAGCACUUAAGUAUAUCUACCUAGAAACACAGAUUGUGUUAGUGAUUUUUUUUUAUUAAUGAUAGACCUUUGGAAUUAUACACCUAUAUUAAUAAAUACCUUCACAAUCUGACAAACGAAUUUAAUAGUCAAUUUUUUUGUUUGUCAGCAAAAGAUUGUGAAAAAUUUUCGUUUGAGAAUUUAAAUAGUUGGCAAUAGAAGCUUGUCGCGUGGCGAUCUGGGGAAGAAAAAAAAAUACAUGUUUUUAUUUGAUGUGUAUGUGGCAUGUGGGAGGUUAUGUUUGGCAAUGUCUGUGAGGUGGUGAAGCAGCUUAUGGAACUUUGUGCAUUAGCAAGUGCUUAGUGACAGUUUAUUAGCACCUUUAACUUUUUUUAUUUGCUACAGGAUUGUUCCAUUAUUAAUAAAAUGGCUGUUUCAAGUGGCAUGUCGUUUGCACUCGCAUCAAUCAUGACAGUUCUCAUCUUCUCUGGCAUGCAGAUGUAUCGGCAGUGGUUGGCAUCAUCACAGCUCCACACAAUCCUUGGAGGAUACCUCGGCUCUGUGUUGUUCAUCUUAAUACUUACUGCUGUAGGAAAUUUAGAAACAUCACUGUUUGGCAAAGGUUUUCAAACAAAACUUGUUCCGGAAGUGAUACUGUGCCUUGGCAUUGCAAUGAUUGCCUCAGGAAUGGUGCAUAGGGUGUGCACAACCACAUGUUUGAUAUUUUCUGUGGUUGCGCUGUUCUACGUGAAUCGCAUUUCGCAGCAGACCCAUGCUGCCCCGGUGGUGGUCCACCAACCAAUCAUCACCAAGAAAAAGAAAUGAUGGUUACAAUGAAUGUGUUUAGGAUCAUAUGAAAGAAAUUUUUUGAACAAUUUAAAGAGAUAUUUUGCAGGACUAGCACUUGUCUGGUUUUUUUAAAAUUUGGUUAUAAAAAAAGGGUUGCAAAGAAAAAAAUGUAAUAUUUUUGCCAAAAUAAAAUGGACUAUUGAUACAUAUAUGAAGAACUGAUUAUUAAAUGUUGUCUUAAACAACAAGAAGAAACUAUUGUGUAUUGUAUGUGCUGUACAUUGUGUUUCUUUAAAGGUAAAUAAUAAAAAAAGCUAAGGGCAAGCAUUUACACACCUUUGUUUUGAUUAACAUGAAAUAGAUGGUUCUCAAAUAAAUUUUGAAUUAGGCAAAAAGUUUUCUAAUAAUUUGGAAUGUGUUGCAUUGAAUGUAUUCACUAUUGUAAUGAAGGUGAUGUAAACAUUUAUACAAGAGUUGUGUGUAAAUGAACCUCAUUCUUUCCUGUUCUAAUUGAUGUGCUGAAUCAGUUAGUUUUCAUUGUAACUCCAUUGCUUGCUGUGUGUGUUGCACAUUAAAACUGUGCAUUGGCAUAAUCAUUCAGCAGAUUUAUGACAUUCAGAUCAUAAUAAUUCACCAAAAGUUGAUUAUAUUAGUUUAAAAAAAUUUUAACAAAUGAGAAAUUACACUAUUAAGGAGUUUAUUAACAGAGUUAUCAGAGCACAUUUUAAUGACUAAUUUAAUUAAAAUGGAGGAAAAAAAAACUAUCACUUGUUAUCUUACUUGGGCAAGCUUUGAUCGUAAAGUAAAAUAAAUAUAUCUGUGAACCCUAAACAGGAUGUUUUUCUGACGGAGUGUUGAUUUUUAUCUGACUUACGGUAUAUGAAGCAAAUGUUGUUAAAUAAAGAAAUUAACAUCACGUCAGCAGGGAAUUAGCAUUAAACUAGUGCAUGCUAAAAUAAAAGUUUUGAUAUCCAGUUGUUCCAACUUGACUGUCAUAACUGACAUGGCAAAGACUUCACAACACUCACUUAUUUACUUUUUACCUCCAUGCUUCAACAUGAAGUGUACGAGUAUUUAUUUUAUGUGUUUGCCAUAUUGAUGGUAGAAACCAUCGAAGUGGUAGGCAUGUUGAAAAUUAGUAAGUGAAAAAUUUUAUAGUAAGGGUUGUUGGGGAAGAAGGUCAAUUUCAAGUUUUUCUCUUUAAAAUCAAUAGUCCACGAAAUAUCAGUAUAGCACACGUACACAUUAUGCAUGAGGAAAAAUGAUUCAGAAACAUUAAAAAUUUAUUUUUUAUAUGUAUAAUGGGAAAAAUCGACAUGGGAUAUUUUACAGUGGAGUAAUGAUAAACAGAUAAAAAAAUUCUUUAAACUUUGGUUAAAAUUGUAAAUAGUUACACUGCCUUAAAUUAAUCUUUACAUAUUUUAAGAAAUACAUAACUAUGGAAGUAUUUGUCUAUGAAGUGGUUUUCUGUUUAAAUUUGAAGCAAAUAAUAUACAGCUUAAUACUGGACAGUAGGCCUGAAUAGCAUGGAGAAAUAUGGAAAACCUUGCGACGAUCCAGAUCUCUGGAUAGCUCUCAAUUUGUUUGAAUUGCAAAUUCGUGAAAACACAUGAAAAAAUUUGUUGGGUGCCAAGAUUAAGUUCUGUAGAAUUAUAAGUUUUGAGGUUAUGUCUGUUACCUUGAAGAUUGCCUUGCAUAAAUAAAUGAAGUCACAAAGUUU